AUGGUUCGACCACGAGCACAAGCGGCUCGAAACCAGCCGGAGGUUGACUGGACGGGUCAGAUGGCCGAAAUGAGACAGUUGCUGCAAGCGCAGCAACAAGAGAUGAAUGCCUUGCGUGAACAGCUAGCGCGUCAGAAUCAGGCACCACCAGCUGGAGGCAAACCAGCCCACGAAAACCCACCUGCACGGGAAAAUCCCCCUGCAACUGGCGGUCAGAACGGUCAGGAGAUACUGCCUGCACCGAUCGCACAUGUAGAAGCUGAGGGACAGGACCAUCACCUAGCAGAGGAUAGGCGUUGGAUCUCAACCUUAAAAAGGUUCCGUCGUAUGAAGGCGCCAGAGUUCCAUGGUUCCACAGACCCGAUAGAAGCAGACAACUGGCUGACUGAUGUUCAGGUAGACCUGAACCUUAUGAGGUUGAAUGACCAUGAAAAGGUCCUGUGCGCCUCCUAUAUGCUCAAGAAGGAAGCCCGCAGAUGGUGGCAGACGGUGGAGCUAAAAAGGAAUGUCGAUGAGAUGACUUGGCAAGACUUCAUUGAGGAAUUUAAUGAGAGGUAUUUCAACUUAGACAACAUGGCCGCCCAAGAGGAUGAGUUUAAUAAUUUUCGCCAAGGAAAUUUGUCCGUGGUAGAUGCGGUGCAGAAGUUCAAGCAACUAGCUCGUCUAUGCCCACACAUGGUGACCUCAGAGCGGGAGGAGGUUAGGAGGAUGAUGAAAAUGUUCCGAACCGACCUAGCAGUGGUGAUUAGUGGCGGAGGCAGACCGCUUGCGACCGUGGAAGACUGUGUUGGUCGAGCCAUUCGUACAGAAUACUGGGUUAACCAAAACAGGGAGGAAAGGGCUAAAUUCUUCCAAGCCAAGAAAGAGGAAAGGGCUAAAGGGAAACAAAACCCGGAAACCCAAUCCAAAGGGCCGAAUAGUAACCCAGGCCAAGGUAACAAGCAGCAAGGACAAGGCCAGAAUAAGAGGAAAGGGAACUUCAACCCGGGGAACCAGAAAGGCCAAUCUCAGAAGAAGAACAAUGCCGGGCAAGUUAACAACAGUUUCCCCACUUGCAAUAGGAUCAGCACCGGUUUCUAA